AAAAUGGGUAUGAGAAAGUUAAUUCCUUCUAAUUCAGUGGGUUUCAGCAAAGCAUUUUCAUCAUCAUCCUCUGCUGUUCCGGGUAAGCUCUCUCAUUCCAAUCCCAAAUCUUUUGUUCCAAACCUACAUUCCCUGCAUCAAUUUCUCACCCAACAACGCAAGUGAGGUGCAAUCACUCUAGAUGAAGCUCUGCAUUUCUUUGAUUACAUGAUCCGCAUGCUACCCCCUCCUCCUGUCUCUUCAUUCAACCAUCUGUUAGGUGCACUUGUUAAGAUGCAUCACCAUGAUCAUGUGAUUUCGUUUUUCCAAAGAUUGAACUCAGUUGGGGUAUUCCCUGAUAUUGGAACUUUUAACAUCGUGCUUAAUUGCUGUUGCAAAAUGGGUCUAGCUUCUGAUGGUUUUUGGGUUUUGGGGAAGAUUUUGAGGGGCGGUUAUAUCCCAACUUCUACCACUUUCAACAUUUUGAUAAAGGGGUUGUGUAUGGACGACAAGAUUGGUGAAGCAACUAGGUUGUUUAAGAACAUGUCUGUCUUUGGCUGUCAACCUGAUGUGGUUACCUAUGGUAGCAUUAUUGAUGGCCUUUGCAAGCAUGAGAUGGUUGAAAAGGCAAAACAACUUUUCUCCCAAAUGAAGAGUAGAGGAAUUUCUCUUGAUGUCGUUGUUUAUACCUUUCUACUUCAAGGUUGCUGUUUCAUGGGUAAUUUGGAGGAGGCUAAAAGCUUAUUCAUUGAGAUGGUGGAUGAAGGAGUGCAAGCUAAUGUGGUUACGUUCACUGUUUUGAUUGAUGGACUUUGCAAGCAACAAGGGAGGAUGGAAGAGGCUAAUAGAGUAAUAGGUUUGAUGAUCCAGAGAGGCAAUCAUCCUAAUACAAGAACUUAUAACACACUGAUUGAUGCACUUUGCAAAUGUGGGAGGAUGGAAGAAGCAAAUAGAAUAAUAGGUUUGAUGAUUCAGAGAGGUAAGCAUCGUGAUGUUGUUACUUAUAACACACUGAUAGAUGCACUUUGCAAGGAUGGGAGGUUGGAUAAAGCAAAUAAAUUACUACACUUGAUGAUUCAGAGAAAUGAGCAUCCUAAUAUGGUAACAUAUAACACAUUGAUUAAUGCACUUUGUAAACAAGGAAGACUAGAAGAAGCAGAUGGAUUGCUCGACUUCAUUAUUCAAAGAGGUCAGCACCCUAAUGUAGUAACUUAUAACACAUUGAUUGAUGCACUUUGCAAGGAAGGGAGGAUGGAGGAAGCAAAUAGAUUACUAAAUUUUAUGACUGACAGAGGUCAGCACCUCGAUAAAGUCACUUAUGGUACAUUGGUGAAUGGAUUUUGCAAGGAAGGGAGGAUGGAGGAAGCAAAUGCACUGUUUGAAUUAAUGAUUCAGAGAGGACAACUUCCUAACACCAUUAUUUAUAAUACCAUGAUCGAUGGGCUGUGUAAAAAACUUAAUCUUUAAUUUAAGAAAGCAGAAGCAGGGUCUGAAUUUUCGUUAGUUGGUGCCUGUAAUAAAUGGAGAUCUUGCUUUGAAACCACAGAAAAAAUUGAAGUUGUAAGCUUUUCAUGAAAAUCAGGUACUCUCUGCCUUGGUGCUCCACUGAGGAACUUCAAAACACCAAGGUUCAAGCAUUCUUAUGGAAGCAGCUGUGAAAUGGAUUUUAAAGACUAAUCGUCUUCUUCCACAUUGCCUUGAUCUUAAGGGGACCCAGCAUUCUUCUUUUGCGUGGAUCUCUAUUCUAGACACCUGCUGCAGAAAAUAUAUCAGUUUCUAGCUGCUGGGUGCUUCAUCAAUGAACUAUUUUUGACACAGUGAUCAUCUAAAGAGCAUCUGCUACUUAUCCUAUCCUUAGGCAGGGUUCUGUGCUUCUAUGCUUCUUCAUGUUUGCUUGCUUGUUUUAUAUAUAUAUUUUUUCCUUGAUAUGUUUUGCUAUGUGCGAGUAUUGAUGAUGAUUGAAUUUUUUUUUCCUUUUUUGAAUUAAAGGGAGUUUUACUG